UUCAAAAAUAAUGCAGUGUGUUCAUUCAAAUAUAUUUUAACCAUAUGGGUAACCUUUUUAUUUUUGACUCUCAUAAUCUUGAAUUUGUCACGGGAUUGCCCUGUCGAAGAAACGUGUUCAGCUUCCAGAAACUAUAUUAUGGCUCCUUUGAUGGAAAUUCCAAUUCCGGCCAACGAUAUAAGACAAUUUAAGGGAUGUGAGGAAAUUGACAGAUGUGACCCCGACAUUAUUUGCGAAAGUGCCAAUAUCUCAAUUAGCAAUAACACAACACCAUUUUAUUCCACUGCUGCUAUACAAAAACCCGAUGACUGUUGGAUGAUCAAAGACGACGUCUUGAAAAACGGCAUAAUUCCAAUGCAUUCACCCACCUUGGUUUCUUUUAUCAAACAAAAUUAUUUAGAUUUACCGCCACUCAAAAGCAGGACAAGGGCGGGAAAAGGUCCAGGGGCCACCUAUUUGAAUUUGAUAGGUAAUGAUUCGACUAGAUAUUAUUCGCAAAUAGGGCAGGACAAGGAGGUAGAGCGUUUACUAAAGGGAAAACGAAACGGUGUUUUUAUUGAAGCAGGAGCACAAAACGGUGAGUAUUUAUCUAACACUCUUUACUUUGAAAGAUACUUAGGUUGGACAGGCCUCUUGGUAGAACCGUCUCCUAUAAAUUACAAAGUACUGAAAACAAAAAACCGAAAUAGUUAUAUCUCAAACGUAUGCUUAAGCCCUCAAAAGCACCCGCUUCAAUUCAAUUUCAACGGGCACCAGAUUUUUGAAAAAAAUGUUCAACUAACCGAUAUUUCGAUCCACUCCCUGGUACAAUGUUUACCACUUUAUUCAAUCUUGCUUGCAAUAGACCCACCCAUGGUGGAAAUCGAUUAUUUUAGCUUAGACGUGGAUGGGCCAGAAUUGGAAAUCUUAAAAACAAUACCAUGGAACAAGGUUAAUAUCAAAGUUCUGAGCAUAGAAUUCCGACACAGCCCUUAUCCAGUAAAUCUUCAAGUGAAAAAAGAGAUGAUAGAUUUUAUGAUGUUGCAGGGCUAUGAGGUGCACAAGGAGAUGAUAUUCGAUAUUUUUUUUUACAAAAAAAAUGGCACGGAAUGA